AUGCGACCUGUGCAAUGGGAGACGGCUCUGGCGGUCGUUCUCCUGUGUGGGAAUGCGUCCGCCGUCGCCUUUAACCCCAAAGAUGAGGAAUCAGUUAAAAAGGCUGCAAGUGUUGCUGCCAACAACACUAUCACACUUUACAAUGGUCGCAAGACGCGAGAUAUUCCCGGCCAAUGGACUGCUGCCUGGUACGCGGGAGGUGUGAUGUUUGACACCCUGAUCAACUAUUGGUACUAUACCGGCGACACUACCUACAAUGACGCCGUGAGCGAUGGGAUGUACUGGCAGAUAGGGAAGGAUUCAGACUACAUGCCGUCCAAUUACACUCAACUCAUAAGCAAUGGUGAUCAACUGUGCUGGGCUUUCGCCGCCAUGUCUGCCGCCGAGAUGAACUUCACCCAGCGGAGCUCGAGGCCAUCGUGGACCACCGUGGCAGAGAAUGUGUUUAACACCCAAAUCAAACGAUGGGAUACCAGCAACUGCAAGGGUGGUAUGCGCUCGGAUCUUUGGCCCUACCAAGAGGGCUAUACGGAUAAAGGUGCUUUGAGUAAUGGCGGACUCUUUGAGCUUGCUGCUCGCCUGGCCCACGUAACGGGUAACAAAACCUAUUCAGAUUGGGCCGAGAAAAUCUGGGACUGGAGUGCCACCACACCGCUGCUGGACGUUGAUACGGGGGCCGUCUCUGACGCGACGACUUGUGAAACCAACUGCACCAAGCCAAACACCAGUCUGGAAUGGUCCUGGAACUAUGGGGUUUACCUUGGUGGGGCUGCGUACUUGUACAAUGCGACCAACGGUGACCGCAAGUGGAAGAGUGGGGUCGACAACCUCCUGAAUGCCAUCAUGCCUCUCUUCUUCCCGACUGGUGGAUUUGGUCUUGCUGACGGGAAGAUCAUGGUCGAGAUGGCCUGCGAACCGUCCAACACUUGUGACCAAGAUAUGGUGGUCAUGAGAAGCACCUUCAUCCACGGGCUGGUCCAUACGGCGCUGAAAGCGCCUUAUACCAUGUCCAAGAUCCUCCCCUUGCUCCAAGGUUCUGCAUCCGCCGCAGCAAUGACCUGUACAGGGGGCGAGUCUGAUCUAUGCGAUGGGCCGUGGUACAAGGAGAAAUAUGGCUCAAACGCCAGCGUCGAAACCCAACUGGCGGCACUCAGCAUUUUCACCUCGAACCUGAUCGCUUUCUCGAACUCUACAGCCUCGCCCGGGUCAAGCAGCGCGAACUCAUCGAGUGGCACCACUGCUACCCCGACGCAGACUGCCAGCUCUUCAGGGGCGGCUGAAGCUACCACGACCACCGACCACAAUGCUGCUGACGGGCUCUCCAGUAGCACGGGGGUGAUGUUCCUGGCCGUAUUUUCGGCGGGUUUCGCAGCCCUCUUCUAA